CUUUCCGCGACUCCGGAAGAGAGAAAAAGGAGUCGAGGUGGAGCGGCGAUCGCUCUCCGAUUCGACUGCCGGUCGGAGUCGCGGCAUGUCUCUUGUCUCCGCGUCGUCGAUUCCUCGAGGCUUCCGUUCCGUCGAAGGACGAGGAGAGUCUCCUCCGAGAGAUGGUCGCCGGGAGGUACAUGCUGAUCCUUUGCCUAUGCGGCAUCUUGGCCUUCUACGCGACCCUCCGCGUACCGCGAGAAGAGAGCGUCGCCGGAUUCUCGGGUGAGGGAUUCCUGCCCCCGGUUACGUGGAGCCCGUUCGAGUCGCGUUACGUCAAGGACCAGGUGCGGUCGUCUCGGCUCGCGAGGUGGCUGACGUCGGUCGAGGGCAGCCCGCCGCCGCCGGUGACGAACCCGAGGAAGGAGCCCUUUCUCAUCCUGGUCUGGCAGCACGGGCCCUUUCUGGAGAAUCGGCAUAUUCGCCGGUUUUCCAACAAGACGUUCUCGCCAUGGGAGGGGUGCUCCGUGGACGGUUGUCGACUGAGCUACGAGCGCGGCGAUCUGGAUCGGGCCGACGCGGUUCUCUUUCACCUGCAUCGCACCAGGGGAGUGCGGGAGCUCCCACGGAGGACGCGCAGGCACCAGAGGUGGGUCUUCCUUACGGACGAGUCGCCGCUCAACACCUUUCUUCUGAACGGAAGGCAGAGACUCUCCGACUACGACGGGCUGUUCAACUGGUCGAUGACUUACCGACUGGACAGCGACGUGCCGGUGCCUUACGGGCGAACCGUGAAACGCGCCACGGAGAGCGCCCCUGUCGAUCCUAACGGCACGCCGGAGCUCGCCGCGAAGGACCGUCUGGUCGCCAUCUUGGCGAGCAACUGCCGCGGGGCCAACGCCAGGUGGAGCUACGUUCGCGAACUAAAAUCCACCCUCGGCGACCGUCUCGACGUGUAUGGCCGAUGCCUCGGAGGGAAUACAACCGCGUGUCCCGGGCACUUUUUCAAAGAUUGCGCGGUUCUUGCCGCGUACAAGUUUUACCUCGCUUUUGAGAACUCCAACUGCAGAGAGUACGUCACGGAGAAGGCGUUUUGGAACGGUUAUCACAAGUUUUCCGUCCCGGUUAUCAUGGGGGCUUCGAAGAAAAGCUGCGAGAGCGUGCUACCCCCUAGAUCCUUUCUUCACGUGGACGAUUUCGACUCCCCGGUCGACCUGGCCAACUACUUGAAAUAUUUGGACGGACGGAGUCGGGAGUACUACAGGUUUCACGAAUGGAGAAGGUAUUACAAGGUUAUCAACGAGCACGGAUACUUUGGCAGUGCUUCGAAGCAUUACUGUCGAUUAUGCGAGGCCCUGCAUUACAAUUCACCAGACGAGAAAAUAUAUCACGACCUGGAAGCCUUCUGGAGCAAGGAGAGGGAUUGCGCUACCUAACCUAGGUGAAUUUUAUUAUUCAUUGAAAUAGCUCUAUAAGGGAA